CAAUUUAAUUGUGAUUAAUUUAAUUGUUCCAACGGAUUGGUGUCCAUUUUUAAUUAGUGAACUGAUAACUUGAGUAACUGAAGAUCAGUUUGAACUGUAACUGUUAGUAGAAAUUGGGAGAAAAUUUUAGUUAAACUGAUUCUAAAUUCGGGUUAAUGUUUGGUUUGUAUUGGAGUUACACCUUCAUAUUGAUUGAUUGAUAGUUUCUUGAUUAUAAUCUUUAUGAUCUUUUAAUUAUAGAUUUCUUGAUUAAAAAAUACAGUUAAUCAUGUCCACAAUUGAAGAAAAAACUGCUAAUUUGUCUACAAAAACUAAAGAAUAUUUAAAAAGUGAAAUGUCGAUCGCCUUAGAGGACUACAAACUUCUCGAGGAAAUGAAUAAGGUAACGACAAAGAAAUAUGAAAAGAUGGCCACUCAGUGUAAAGAAAUUGCUUCAUCACAUCACCAAUUAAAAAGUAAAUACGACACUUUGGGUAAUUACUUUGCACAAAUUGAUAAAUUGGAAAAAAAUAUCAACAAUUUAGAGGAAAUGGCCUACGCAAUCGACAGUUAUACAAAGAAAUUGGAAUCACAAUUUAAAAAACUCGAUUCAUGAGAAUAAGAUUCAACUAAUCAAAUCAAAUCUCAUUCCACUUUCAACCAACUCAUUCACCUUUUUUUUUUUUUUACUCUCUAAAAGUUGAUUAUCCAAAAUUGUCUUCAUCCUUUAAUUGUUUCCAUAUUUUCAAUAACUUAAACAUUUUUAUGCUCCAAAUUAAAUUGUAAACAAAAAAAAAA